AUGCCGCCGCGACUCAACAUCCCGCCGGUCACGCGCAUCGCGCUGAUCAUGUUGGUUCUCCAGUCUAUCCUGAGCGCCGCUAUCCGCUACCGCCAGUGGACUGCCCAGUCGCACAUUGUCAUCCCCUACCUGAACCUGAUUCCUCAGCUCUCCGUCCUGUAUCCGUGGACGUUUUUGACAACGACGCUGGUAGAGAACAACAUGUUCACCCUCGCCAUUGCCGUCACCACUCUGUACCAGGGCGGCCGGUACCUCGAGCGGGCAUGGUCGUCUCGCGAGCUUGCCAAGUUCCUGGUCGUGGCCAGCUUGAUACCCAAUCUGCUCACCUUUGGCACUCUUCUUUUCUUCUUCUCGCUCACACAUGACGAGAACUGGACACUCACCACCAUUGCUGGCACCAUUCCGCUGCAGAUCUCGUUUCUCGUGGCCUUCAGCCAGCUCGUGCCUGCGCAUACCGUCACCCUCUUCCGUGGAAUCGUCUCGCUGCGCGUCCCGCGCUUUCCGCUGCUCUACGUUCUCGCCAUCUAUGCCGUUUCCAUGACGCCGUUGCUGUCGGCCGCGUCUACCCUGCUGGCUAUUUUCGGCUUCCUCACCAGCUGGACUUAUCUCCGCUUCUACAAGUCCGUCUUCCCUGACCUGGACUCGUCGUCGCAGACGCCCUCGCUGCGCGGCGACGCUAGCGAAACUUUUGCGUUGGCCGAGUUCUUCCCCAGCCCGAUCAAGCCGUUAAUUGCGGCCCUCUCGAACGCGGUCUUUGGCCUGCUCGUCGCCGUGCGCAUCUGCACGCCCUUCUCGGCCGCCGACAUCUCGGCCCGUGCUGCGGCCAAUUCGGGCAGCGACGGUUACUCGCACCACCAGCGCAGCGUCCCCGGCAGCAACCGGGCUGAGGCAGAGCGCCGCCGGGCCCUGGCCCUCAAGGCGCUCGAUCAGCGGCUGCAUGCCGCCGCUGCCAGCGCGGCCUCGCGGGGUUCGGCUGCCGGGGCUGGCUCGAGCGCCGCCGCUGCUUCUGGUCCCUCUUCGUCUGCCGCGGGCGCCUCCCAGUCCGCCCAGUCUCUGCCGGCCGCGACGGGUCCUACGGUCCACACGCAACCCAAGGCCGACUCCCAGGCAGCCAUGUCAUCGCAGACAUCGUCAGGUCUUCUGGGAGAGACGCGCUAUGCGCCGGACAAUGCUAGCGACAAGUCCAGCGCAUAA